AUUCAAAGUACAACUGUACAGCCACUGUGGUGUGAGUGGCCAGAAGGACGGUAGUCUACACCUCGAGCUCAUUGAGAAUGUUGAGUGAAAAACGUGUCUUAAAGACAAAUCAAGAUGCACUUGAGGAGAGAGGACACUGGGGAACCAAGGUGGAGUUUCUUCUGGCAGUUGCCGGGAACAUUGUGGGCCUGGGCAAUGUGUGGAGGUUUCCCUACUUAUGCUACAAAAACGGAGGCGGUGCAUUCCUGGUGCCGUAUCUGGUGUUUGCGGUGACGUGUGGUGUACCGCUCUUCCUUUUGGAGACCACCAUGGGCCAGCACACCCAAACGGGUGGCGUCACUUGCUGGAGGAAAAUAUGCCCGCUGGUUGAAGGUAUCGGCUAUGGGGGUCUGCUGAUCCAGCUGUACAGCUGCACGACCUACAUUAUUAUUCUGGCCUGGGCUCUGUUCUACCUGGUUUUCUGCUUCAACUCUCCACUGCCCUGGAGCACCUGUGAUAACUACUGGAACACUGGUGAGGUCGAGCAUCUGUUUUCAUCCCUCACCCUUCACAUUAAUCAGAUUGUGUUGAUAUUACAACAAAGACCCUCACCAACCACACCAAAGGAACCUCAGCAACAACAGAAUUCUGGGAGUAGACGUCGCGUGUUGAAAAUCUCAGGGGGCAUUGAAGAGAUUGGCAGCAUCAGGUGGGAGGUGCUUCUGUGCCUCCUGGCUAUGUGGGUCAUUUGUUACUUCUGCAUCUGGAAAGGCGUAAAAUCAACUGGAAAGGUGGUGUACUUCACGGCCACGUUCCCUUACGUGAUGCUCCUCAUUCUUUUGAUCCGAGGACUCACUCUUCCAGGAGCCAGACAAGGAGUCGAGUUCUACCUUCUACCUGAGCUGUCGCGACUCAUAGAUCCUCAAGUGUGGAUGGAUGCCGGCUCGCAGAUCUUCUUCUCAUAUAGCAUCGGUGGGGGCACCCAGGUAGUACUGGGCAGCUACAACCUUCGCAGCAACAAUUGCUACAAGGACACCUUUUGGCUGUGUUUGCUGAACAGUGGUACCAGUGUGGUGGCAGGUUUUGCUGUCUUCUCUGUGCUGGGGUUCAUGGCUCAUGAGCAAGGUGUUCCAAUCGCAGAGGUAGCUGAGUCAGGUCCAGGCCUGGCGUUCAUUGCAUACCCUCGAGCGGUGGCCAUGAUGCCGCUGCCUCAAGUGUGGGCCGUCUGCUUCUUCAUCAUGCUCCUCUUCCUUGGCCUGGACACACAGUUUCUCGGCAUGGAGGUGGUGAUCACAUCCUUUUCAGACAUAUUUCCCAGAGUAUUACGUCGACCGGGCAGACGGGAAGGUUUCCUCCUGCUCUACUGCCUCACGUGUUUCUUCUUGCAGCUUGUCAUGAUCACUGAGGGAGGAAUGUACGUCUUCCAAAUUUUCGACUACUACGCUUGCAAUGGAGCCUGCAUCCUCUUUCUCUGUGUGUUUGAAAGCUUGACAGUGGGCUGGAUAUUUGGAGCAGAUCGGAUGUGUGGCAUUAUCACAGACAUGACUGGCGAGCGUGCCAACCCGUUCAUCAAAAUCUGCUGGCGCUACUUGACCCCCAUGGUUUCUCUGGGCUCUUUGAUAUAUUCUCUAGUUGAGUACCAGCCACUGACAUUCAACCACUGGUAUGUGUACCCCACCUGGGCCUAUGUAAUGGGCGGGUUAAUGGCCGUCUCCUCAAUCCUGCUGGUACCGACCUGGGCACUGUACAAACUGAGCACUGCCACCGGAACCUUCAGUCAGGUGGGUCCAGUCCACCAUUUCCAUCCACCACUGAAAUCACUGUGAAAAGCGGGAAUCCAUUUUCUAUUAAUCAAAACGUCUCCAUCACCUGUGCUGGCCUGAGCCACCUGACUCCUCACUGUCCCUAAAGAGAGAGACAGCACCACAACACAUCACGGAGGAGGAUCUGGAAUGAUUCGGAGCUCGGAGCUUGUACUUUUUUACAUGUGACCGGUAAUGACGCCACUUAUUAAAGUGUGCAAUGGGAAUGAGCCAACAACUGAAAUCCAAACAUAAACUCAAAUAUUUUGCUCUGGUUGUCAGAGUUAGGCAAACAUUUACUGCCUGAGGUCUCCAAGUCAAACAAACAAUU